GAAACGCCACUCUCAAAAGAUUUUUUUAGAGGGCGCUGUACCGGCGGCAGAUCCGAGUAUCAAGAUGGCGUCCCUUGUCACCGAUGUUCUGCUCGCAAACACGGAUCUGUUGGAAAAGGAAGACCUGGGGACGCGCAUCGGCAAAUUAUCAACUCACAUUGAUGAGAUCAAGGGUGAAAUCUACCAUGCCGUACACGAGAAGUAUGCCAACUACAGACCCACCAGGGACUCCACCCAGGAGCUACACAACAAGGUGCAGACACUGUCCACUGAGAUGCAGACUCUCAGCAAUAAGAUCAAGGGAGACAUCAGUUCCCAGCUCAACAGCUCCACCAGUGAUCUUCAUGACCUCACCAGACAGUUGGAGAAGACUAACGCUAUCAUUGAUGUGCUACAGUCACUAUGCAAGGUUAACAGUUUACUGACAGACUUUCAAAGCUUCGUCCAGAACGGUGAGUUCCUGCAAGCAGCCGAUGCCGUCAAUGAAUUGAAAUCUGAUUUGGACGUUCUCAUUGAAGACGGAUACUGUGAGCUGAAAAUUGUCAAGGCUCUAAGGUCUGAGCUGCGCGUGAACCAAGAGACGCUGCUGCAUCAUCUAGGAGAGGCCUGGUCUGCCAUGACUGUCUGGACCAUACCCCAUGCCAAAGAACCUGUCACCCUGACCAACGUCAGCCAAGUCCAACUCAAAGUGGUUAACAUUGAAAAUGCUGCGGUGACUGUCAAUGCCAUGAAGCAGGUUGGAAUUCUGAAGAGCAAAAUGCAAGUUUUCGGAAAGAAACUGAUGGACUAUAUUCUGAAGCCAGUUGUGAUGUUGUCAAAUGUUGCGCCAUCAAUUAACGCAACUAAAAAGUCGCAGUCAACCACCGUUGGAUUCAAGGUGCUACCCAAGAGCUCUGAGGAGGCGUCUGAUCCCGUAGCUGUGUACAAGAGCACACUGGCAAUACUGAAAGCACUGAGUGGGCCGUUACUUAGCCUCAAGACAGAGGGUAAAAACGGAGAUGAGAACACAACGCUGAUGGCUAUGCUAGGAGAAUACGUCUGGCCAGAGCUGUCCAAGUGUAUCAUCACACAUUGUCUGGUGCACUCGAUACCCACAAGCAGCUCAAAGCUCAAUGAGUACAAAGCUGUCAUCACGGCUACCGAGGGAUUUGAAGCUUCUCUCCGGAAAACAGGGUUUAUUGCAGAAACUGCUUCUCCCCUGCUGACCUACGCCAGAGAUGUCAAUGUCCACUUUGCUAACAAAAAGUGUCAAGAGCUGAUAGUUGAAGCCCGCAAGCUGAUGAAGAGAGAGCUGCACAAUACAAAGAGAGUCGGUACAAUGAAGGUUGACAACAAGGACGUCAAAGAUCAAAAACAAGAUACCAAGGACAAGUGCCACGUGAGCGAGGGUAUCUUUGCACUGCCUGAGUGUGCAGUCAGUGAAAGCAUAGAGUGUCUUGUUAAUCUAGCCUACCAGACAUUACAAGAAGCUGCUAGUAAUACACCACAGUGUGCCAUCCAGCUGUUCUACACAGUGCGAAACAUGUUUGAGAUAUUUUGUGAUGUCGUACCCACAUACCACAGAGAUAGUCUGCAAAAGCUACCCCAGGUGUGCGCUCUUCACCACAACAACUGCAUGUACAUCGCCCAUCACCUGCUGACGCUAGGCCAUCAGUAUCGUCAAUCCUUACCCCCGCCCCUCUGUGACGGCACAUCCACAUUUGUCGACCUCAUCCCUGUCUUCAGGAAGCUGGCAUCCGAAUGUUUCUUGGCUCAAAUGAGAAUUCAGCGAGAUCAAUUAGUGGAGAGUCUGUCUGGUGCUGAGGGCUUUGACCAAGUAGCGACUGACGACAACUUCUUGGCGUGUGAGAGGGCCAUUAAACAAGUUGUCCAUCAGUUGGGUCACCUCCAGCGAGUCUGGACCGACAUCCUCCCCAGUAACAUCUACACCAAGGCCAUGUCUACACUCAUCAACACGGUACUCAUGCACAUCGUGGAGAAAGUCUCGUCACUAGAGGACAUCUCAGCUGAUGAUGCGCAGCAGUUACAUUCGUUACUGUCAGGACUGCAAGACAGAAUUCCACACUUGAUCAAACCGGGAGAAGUUGAGGAACCAGUUUUGGUGCAGAGUACCGUUGAUCAGUGGACGUCAUUCAGCGAGUUGCUGUUUAUGUUAGAUGCCAGCAUGCAAGAUAUUGUGGACAGGUGGGCGGAGGGCAAGGGACCACUCGCCAUGGUGUUCAGUGCCAGUGACGUGAAGAGCCUGAUACGGGCCAUCUUCCAGAACACCGACAGACGAGCCACAGCGCUCGCCAAAAUCAGAUAGGACCAGCCGGGAAAGCAUGCAGAGUUCAAGGCAUAUAGGAUCAUUUGCAUUUGCCAUCAUUUCAUGAAAUGGACCAAUUGAAGGGCUACUAAUUUAUAGCUGACAUCGUUCCUCCGAGCUGUUCAGUGUAUUGUGUCCAUUGGUGCUGAAAAACCACAAAAAACCUGUUCUUUUUCAACCCUCAAAGUGCAGUUUGUGGAAUCUGUUGUGCAUAGAACCCAUAGGUCACAGGGAGUGCCCGGGUGCCGGCUCUAGAUCUGUCGUGGGAAAGUAACACACACAAUACCUGGCACACCUGCACAAACGUCUGUUCACCGUCGAUCGUGGACGUCCUAUUGUCCCUCUUUUGUUUGUACUCUAACUUUUUAGGAAGACUCCCAUAGAUUUUGUACACGACCCCAAUCGCGGACGUAUCCUGGGAAGCGUGGAUGAUAUUGUUCUCUUUUGUUCUCUGGUAUUUUUCUUCCACGGUUCGAAAAAAUGAACACAUACGAGCAUAGGCAUGAAGUCCACAGCUGACUCGCGGCUGUUUAUUUCAGAGGUAGUAUUUUAGGUAACUGCGUGUUCUCAACGAUGGUUGGGUCCGUAUGACGGGCAGAGUGUGAUAUGGACCAUGGAAUAUGCGACACCACAUUGUUGCCACGGAUCGACCAAUCAGGAUCGAUGAUUCAAGUUUGAUUGAAGACAGAUAUUCAUAUCUGCAUGUCUACAUGCUUUGAUUUCGUACAACACAGCGGACGUUCGUCGCAGCCAAAUCAUCCCGUGUCAACUCACGUCCGUCCACAACCUACAGUUGUAUGUACAGCAUAUUAAAGGGACAUUACGGCCUGGAAAACGCCAAAUUGGGCUACAAAACAAUAUUACAUGGAAAGAGCAUUUAAAGUAGAUUAUAAACAUCCACACAAACAUCCUUUAAAAACUGUGCGUUUUUAGGGGGUCACAUUUUUGUCCCGAAAAAUGAAACUGUUCAUUGCUAGUUGUAAUUCCAGCCGCACAGUGUUCGCCUUCUGCAGACGUGUAAGAAACAACAUCUGUGCAUUGGUGCUGUGUGUGAUUUAUGUGACACACACAACAUGUAGCGUAUUUUUUUGUUUGUAUGAAUGCAUAGUUGGCACUCGGAUAAUUGAACACAGUGGACGAUGGUAGCAAAUUCUUGGAUGUUAUCGAGUUCAGAUUGCCAACUGCCCGAUUCCAACGUAACUAAAUCAUCUAUGAAUUAUAUUUCGAUGAACGAGUUUAACUCUGGAUACUAUAAUUUUGAUAGAAAUUAUCUGAAUUUGUAGGAUUUUGAGAGGCUGGGGGAAGUAGGGGAUGGGCCAGGUAAGCAGAUGGGUAGGAAGGAAAUCAUUGUAAAAUGGAAAAAUAUUGGGCAAGACAUUACUGAUGCAGAAAAUAAAAAGCUCGCAACAAAUUCACGCAGUGAUCUUUGUUUAUCAAUCCAUUGUAUUACUUUAUAUAUACAAAUCAUUAAGCAUCAUUUUCCGUCUUUUAAGAGCACAACGUACAUUUUGUAUAAAUUUUAUAAUCCAACACACAUUUCACAGAUAUCACAGUCGGCUACAUUUGUGUAACAUACUAAUCUAUAUACUUGGGCAUUUCAUGCAAAUGUUAUCUUAUGAAAUAGUUUACACAUGAUUAAAGUCUUCCCAGAUGCGAUAGUACUUGCUAUGGCAGUAUAUUAAACAUAUUAUACAUUUACCAUUAAA